CGUUGUUGUUGGGCUUGUGACUUUACCUUCUUAAUUCUACCAAGAUAAUGGGUGGUUAACACGAAAAGGCAAUCGACGAUUUCUGUUUAUUCAAAAUCUAACAAAUUCCCAUUUCCCAUAAGUUUUUGUGCGUAUAUUGUGUUCUUGUGCAUCUUUUUAUAUUUUAAAAUGUCGAAGAAAUGUGUUAUGGGUUGCCUGGGCUUUAAACAUUUAUAUGUUUAUCCUCAUGGCGAAUGUCGGCAAAGGGAACAAAAAGAAUGGUGCUCCAUUCUGGGAAUAAGAAUGGACUCCAUUAAUUCCAACACAAGAAUUUGUGAAUUUCACUUCAAUCCCGACUGUAUUGGAAAAAUGAGGCUGAAAAUGGGUGCCAAGCCAGAUUAUUAUCAAAUAAGCGAUGACGAUUUGGAUGACUGUGAAGAUUUGCCCGAUGACUGUCUGCUGGAGGAAACCGAUGGCCCCAUCUCAUCACAUCAAGCUGCUAAUAGUACUCACACUAGAGGCCCCUAUGAAAGAGCAUGGACCACAGAGGCAACACGAGCCCUUAUACACAUACGAGGUCCAAUGGAACAUCGUUUCACCGAAGGUAGACAAAAACGCACCGCCCUAUGGCUGCACUGUACACGUCAAUUGCAAAAAAUGGGUUUCCGAUAUAGUGCGGGCAAAGUCCAAAAGAAAUGGCACAAUAUCCUCAUCACCUACAAUAAGAACUUGAGUAAAAAAUACACAUCUGGCUAUGUGCAUUGGGAGUUCUUUGAGGAAAUGUUUAAAUAUUUGCAAGGAAAGAAGGCGGACUUUGCCGAGCACAGCAGUAGCGGUAAGCGACACAACCAGCAGCGUCCAGCUAAUGCGGAAGGGGAUAAUAGUGCAUCACCUUAUCUUAAUGCCAAUUCUUCGGAACCACCCAUGAUACAACCCCAUGUUGAGAUCGAUUCAAAGUCCAAUGAUGAUUUCGAUGAGGAGGACAGCACUACUUUGUCGGAUUUGAAAAAACCCAAAGUAGAGGUGAAGGAUGAGGAGGAGCCGCAAGAAAUAUAUCCUUUAGAAAUAGCGGAUUCUAAUAGUUUUUUGCGUGCCAAUGCAAAAUUGGAACAACCAGACAAGGAGGCAAAUCAGCAACGAGAACAGCAAUUUGCUUUAAGCGAAAUUGGUAGGAGUGGUAAUGGUGUUGGUGGUGGUAGUGGGGCUGGCGUUAGCAUGGAUUCCUCUUCUGCUUCCUGGUGGCAAAAUUACUUCGAACGCAAACUACAAGUGGAACGCGAUAAAAUUGAUUUGCAAAAGGAAAUGCAUCGCGAGCUGAUGCAAUUCAAUAAAAUGUCCCUGCUGCAGCAAGAGAAAAUCGAACGUAUCAAAAUCGAGGCCAUCAACAAUUUGACAAGUACCCUACAAAAACUAGUCGAAGUUAAAUAUAAGAAACUCUAAAAUUUACUAAGUACAAUGGAACAGUACUUAAAAAUAAAAACCGAAACUCUUUAAAAGAUA